GGACGUGAGGGAGGCAUGGACGGCGUUUCGGCCGGCAAUGACGGCGGCGGCCACCAGCACCAGCGCCGCCGUGAGGGCGGACCAGCCGCGGGGCAGCAGCGCACGGGACCAGCGCAGGCGCGGCGGCACCCGGGAGAGGGCGUGCCACCCCAGGAAUCUGGCGGCAGGGACGGCGUUCGGGGCCGCGGCACAGGCCGCGCCAGAGGCGCUCGUGGAGCCGCACGCGGUGGGCAGACGAACCCCGUCACAGCGUGGGUGCCGCUGCCACAGGGCGCAUGAAGAGUGUGAUGCGGGAUGAGGGGAGGAUCAAGAUUGUCAGGUGGAUCGGAUUGUGGGUCAGCUGAUACGUCAACCACGGCAAGCUUUGCAAGGGGCAGGGGUUGCAAGGAACUCUGUCUACUGUGGCCCUCACAGCGAUCGUGUCGAUUGUGCCUGGAUGACGAGACCACAAGCGCACCCAGCAAGGGAUAUGGAGCCAGAGGGUGUGUGAACAUCAUUUGAAUUCGUAUUGCAGAGCCUCACCAAGAAGGUGGAAGCACGCAACUGCAACUUUGCGGAUGAGAAGAGUGCUGCAGGAAGACAGUAUGCGCGGUGCAUCUUACAAUACAGUAAUGCUGCUAUCAAGAGUGUUGCAGCAGAACAAUGGUCAAUGCCAAGUUCUUGAGCAGAUCGCCAUCUUGUCUGCAAAUUCAAGCUGCGAGACCUUGCAUGCGUGAUUUCUCCAUGAGUGAGUCUCUCUUGGCAGUCAUAUGGUGCAAGGCAGUAGUGCAGGUUCCAGCAGUGGGCAUAUUACUCGAUAGCCCCAGUGAAAGUCAGUACAGCAAGCUGCUGCAGAGCUUUAGGAGUGAUUAUGCCGCUGCCAUCCUGUGUGUUGCAGCCGGUCAAUUUUCGACGGCUGCCGGGUUUGUCCAUGCCUGCGAAGGCAACGACCUUCUCAGACCUGCCAAGUCGGACACAGUCUAGCUGAGGCUAAGAUGUCCAACUGAUUGUUAGCUUGAUGAGCAAGUCACAAGUCACUGGACGGUCUAGGUGUCGGCUGACAACUGCAAUGCACAUCUUGUAAGAAUGUACAAGGU